UCAGAUCUGCUUAGUAAACCUGGUUCAUCACCAUGCUGGCUGCAAGGCUUGUGUGUCUCCGGACACUACCUUCCAAGGUUUUCCACCCAGCUAUCACCAAGGCCUCCCCCGUUGUGAAGAAUUCCAUCACAAAGAAUCAAUGGCUCUUAACACCCAGGUUCGUUGCUGGAGGGGCUGCUGUUGGUCUUGGCACACUGUGUUACUAUGGCUUGGGAAUGUCUAAUGAGAUUGGAGCUAUUGAAAAGGCUGUAAUCUGGCCUCAGUAUGUGAAGGAUAGAAUACAUUCUACCUAUAUGUACUUAGCAGGAAGUAUUGGUGUAACAGCUUUGUCUGCUUUGGCAAUAGCCAAAUCUCCUGUUCUCAUGAAUUUCAUGCUAAGAGGCUCUUGGGUG